AUGCACCAAGCACUUCCGUACUGGACAUGGGUUCCGACCACCGGCGGCGGAAGCUCCGUCGGACUGUCAAUCGCGACAAUUGAGCCGAGUGACGGCCCCAUGAACCCUGGAGUGGGAAUAAAGUAUGUGACUUGUGUGACGAAAAUAGUGCCAGAGAAUGCAGUGAUUGUGUUCGGGAGACGCGAGUGUUGCAUGUGCCAUGUGGUGAUGGGGCUGCUGUUGGGUCUGGGUGUGAACCCUACUGUGUUCGAGGUUGACGAGGAGGAUGAAGUUGUCGUGGUCAAUGAAUUGUCUAGAGUGAUCGUCGGCGAGGAUGCGGAAGAAGGCUGGACCGCCGCCACGGCUCCUUUCUCCAUCGAGCCGCCGGUGGUGGAAGCUCCCUCUGAAGACGAUACGCAGGUGGAAAGGUAG